GAAAUUCGAAGCUGCAUCACAUCAUGCAUUGUGCCAUGCCAUCAUCAUCAUCCAUAACCACUUUGAAACGCCUUAGUUUCAGUAGAGGUGAGCUAUGACCGUGUGUGGACCCCACACUCUCUAAUAAUUAGGUGAUCAAAAGGCAGUGCACAUGUUAUGCAAGCCCUCCGCACCACCAUGCCUUUUAUCGCGUCUACCUUGUCAAUCACGCCCCCAUCCUUUUAACGGUGCUGAUACGCGUGGCCUUCAAGAUAUUCGAUGAGGGUUUCCGCAUCUUAUAAUAUCCCCGCAACUAGCUUCUAAGAGGAGAGAACAGCUUCUAUUCUUCAACAAUAACAAGAAGGGGAAGCACACCGCAUUCCUCGUGAGCUUCUCUGUCUUUGUUUAGAUCGGUGCCACGCGCUGGCGGAACUUGCAAUGACUUCCGACGGAGCGACAUCGGCGGCGAUCACCAAUCGGCGGAAGCCGUCCUGGAGGGAGAGAGAGAACAACAGGAGGAGAGAGAGGCGGAGAAGAGCCAUAGCCGCGAAGAUAUACACUGGUCUCCGCGCUCAGGGGAACUACAAUUUACCCAAACAUUGCGACAACAAUGAGGUUUUGAAGGCUCUCUGCGCUGAAGCUGGUUGGACUGUUGAAGAAGAUGGUACAACCUAUCGCAAGGGAUGCAGGGCACCACUUCCAGGUGAUGGUGCUGGCACCUCCACCAGAAACACCCCUUUUUCAUCGCAAAAUCCGAGUCCCCUCUCAUCGUCAUUUCCGAGUCCAAUUCCUUCCUACCAAGUGAGCCCCUCCUCUUCCUCUUUCCCGAGUCCCUCUCGUUUGGAUGACAACAAUGCCUCAAAUUUGAUUCCCUAUAUUCGACAUUCGUUCUCUGCUUCUCUCCCUCCCCUGAGGAUAUCAAAUAGCGCCCCAGUGACCCCGCCUUUGUCCUCACCAACUUCAAGAAACCCCAAACCAAUCCCAACAUGGGACUCCAUAGUCAAAGCCUCCAUGGCAUCAUCCUUCAACCACCAUCAUCAUCACCACCAAAAUCACCCUUUCUUCGCGGCUUCUGCCCCUGCUAGCCCCACACACCGCCACCUUCAUGCCCCGCCCACUAUUCCCGAAUGUGACGAGUCUGAUACCUCCACUGUUGAGUCUGGCCAGUGGUUGAACUUCCAAGCAUUUGGACCUUCUGUUUCUGCAGUGCCCAUCUCUCCCCCCUUGAACUUUAUCAAACCUGUUGUGAGUCAGCAGCACCAACACAACCUUAACCACCCUGAUAACCGUAUCCAAGAGAUGAGAAACUCAGAAGUGCAAUUUGGAGUGCAGGUGAAGCCCUGGGUUGGGGAGAGGAUUCAUGAAGGUGGAUUGGAUGAUUUGGAGCUCACACUAGGAAGCGGGAAGACGCUUGCUUAGGCCGCAAGCAAAACUGUUUCGUGCGGGGUAUGCCAAAUUGAAAGGGUGAAGACGUGUUGGACCCUACAAUUGUUCAUUCAAUUUUGGGGUGUUGAAACUUGAGACUCAGUAAUUGUUAGUAAAUGGUGAUGCUCUCUAGUUGCAAAUAGCAGUUGGUAAGUAAUCACAUACUUGUUAUUGGAAUAGGCAAGUAUCAGACGUCAUGGCACUUUAUGAUUAUGGUUAUUAUUUGCAAAACCAAGAUUCUUAUUUUACUCAA